GGCAUUACAAUGCUUGCUGCCAACUAUAAAGGCACCCCUCGUUCCCAUCGCUCAUCCUUGGCGUCUCCUUCCCCGUUUCUUCUCCAGCGUCCGAUCUCCACCCUCCGCCUCUCAGAGAACGCGAGAGACGCAUCAGGAAAAGGAAAAUAUAAAGGCAAAAAAAAAAAAUUCCACGCGCCAACUACGAACCAAAUAAAGGGUUCCGGCCUAACUGCAGAUGGCGGAGGCUCCACCGGCGAGCCCCGGAGGCGGAGGCGGGAGCCACGAGAGCGGCGAGCAUAGCCCUCGAGCGGGGGCUGGCGUACGGGAGCAGGAUCGGUUCCUCCCGAUCGCCAACAUCAUCCGGAUCAUGAAGAAGGCGCUCCCCGCCAACGCCAAGAUCGCUAAGGACGCUAAGGAGACGAUGCAGGAGUGCGUCUCCGAGUUCAUCAGCUUCGUCACCAGCGAGGCGAGCGAUAGAUGCCAGAAGGAGAAGAGGAAGACGAUCAAUGGGGACGAUCUGCUGUGGGCGAUGGCGACGUUGGGGUUUGAGGAGUACAUCGAGCCGCUGAAGCUAUACCUCCAGAAAUACCGAGAGUUGGAGGGCGGAGAGGGCUCUGUCAGGAGAGAAUUAGGAGGGGCUCAACAAUCUGGAACAAGCACUGGAAUGGAGUACCAGACUCUUCCUCAACAAGGUUCUUAUACACAAGGCAUGGAUUACAUGAAUCCUCAGUUCCAUAAUGGGGAUCUCUGAACUUGGAGAUUUAUCUGCUUAUGUUCCAUGAGAGCCUCUUUAUGCAGGAUAUAAUGCUCCACACUUCCUACCAUUCGGCAUCGCUGCUUUUGCAUAGAGAAAAAUUCUUGUCUGCAAAAGUGAGGGACAAAUGUCUGUACUUGGUGUUAAUGCUUCCUGUUGCAACAAAUGUCUUUUAUAUAUAUAUAUCAUUUGUAAGGUCCCCAGAUUUAAGUUGUUUUGUAAGAUAAAAGUCUUAUUACUCUUUAAUUUGUCUUGCGCAACUAUGCUUGUGUUGGUUUUCUUUUCCUUUUUCUUUUGUGACUUCCUUUUCAACAGUGGUACGUGCAUUAACCAACGGAAAACAUGAAUUUUUGUUGUUGUUACUGUUUUGUUAUGCAGCUUUUCCAGUUUCCAAUUUAAAGUUGAACAGUUCUAAAUUUUGCAGUUUUGUG